UGUUUGAUGUUUUCUAUUUCGAUUUCAAAUUUUCAAUUAAAAUAAAAUUUAAAUUAAAAAUUUCCCGAUGGAUUUCGAAACCAGUGAUGAUAAUGAACAUGAAAUACCUUAUCGUUAUCAAACAAUGCAUUUUUCAAAAUUUAAUUUGAAUAAUAAUAUGGCUCAAGCUGUUUUAUCAGCAACUACGGCAGCCAAAAAAAUGGCUAACAAUGUUGUUGUACCUGAAUCAAAUUCCGAAACUGUUCAAAAUCCUAAACCAUCUGUAAAUUAUCGUUUAAUUCAUCAUUUAUAUGUACAUUAUAAGUCAUCAGCCGAUAAAAUUCAAUCAUGUCAAUCAUUUUGGUCGGUCAUUGCUCAUGAUUAUAAUCUUGUUCUAUCAACCAAUUAUUCGGCCACUGAAAUUGAAAGUUUUUGGAAUCGUAUGCCGGCAAUGGACAAACGUAAAAUCGAUCUUCAACAUUAUGACAAUUGUAAUGAUUUAAAUGUUGAAAAUAAUCAACCAUCGGAUGUAUCGAAACGUAAGAAAAAAUCAAAAAAAUCAUCAACAAAUAAUAAUGAUGGUAAUAAAAAAUUGAAAACUUCAACCAAUCAAGUUCAACCGAUAAAAGUAGAUAAAUCCUGUCAGGUUGAUAUGUCAUCUAUACAAGAUAAUUCUUUGAUUGAUUUGGCUAAAGAAGCAUAUCGAUUAAAAAUUGAAAUAUUAAAAAUACGUUUAGAAUAUUUGCAACAACAAUUUCAACGAAUUUUUCCCUUGGUAUAA